CCCAGAUCGGCUCCCUGUCCCUCAGUCUGAGCCCAGUCCGGCGCUGCGAGACUCUCCGUGGACAUUAAGGACGCUGCAGCUCCCUUCCAUCUGCCAUCUGGGCUGAAACGCGUCACAGCCUCCAUCAGAGCCACUCUUUCACCAGACAGGCGUGAAGAAGGAAUGUGGUUGCGGUGGUGGAAAGAAACGCCUCGGAGCUGAAGACUGUCUGGUUCUGAUCGGUGACCUGCACCGGGUUAUACUUUUUGAGUGAAUCCAGCAACAGCAGGGGGGAGAGAACCAUCUUUCCAGCUAUGUUGAAGGGCCCAGUACUGGCUGCAUGGCUGGUGUAUCUGCUGUGUCAUGGUCAUCCUGUGAAAUCCAAGGUGAUCUGCGGCGAGUCUGAAAUGACAGUAUGGUUUGAGAAGUACCCUGGAGUCAAAGAGGAGGAUUUGCGGCUCAAUGACCCUACCAACACCGCCUGCAAAGUCGGCACCAACAGCGAUUUCGUCUUUGCUGUCGUCCCCCUCAGCGGUUGUGGCACACAGAUCGAGGAAAAUGGUGAAAACCUAACUUUCAAGAAUGAAAUCACCAACAACAAACCUGACGUGGUGAUCACCAGGAAAUGUAUGCUGGAGCUGAAGUUCGAAUGCAAGUACCCCAAACACGGAAAGGUCAAACAGAGCUACAGUGGACACAGGGAGAACGUUACAGUGUCGGAGAAGGACCUCGGCACGUUCACCUACCAAUUUGAAUUCUAUCCGAACAAAAAUUUUCGAACCCCGAAAAUAUCCAAAUUAUACCCUCUGAAGUGUGACUAUAAGCAAAGGAUUUACAUGCAGGUAGAGGUCACCUCCUCCGUCGAUGACACCGAGCUGUUCGUGGAGUCCUGCAGAGCGGCACCAUAUGACAACCCAAACUACCGGCCGACCUACCCCAUCAUUGACAACGGGUGUAAUGUGGACCCGACUGUUGAAAUCCAUUCCCCUGCCCACCAGAAACAGUUCCGGUUCAGCAUGGAGGCCUUCAGGUUCAUCGGCUCAGAGGACCAGGUGUACAUCAGCUGUUCAGUCAUGAUGUGUAAAGUAGGGAGCCCCAACACCAGGUGCUCCCAGGGAUGCGUCAAAUCCAGAUCACAACGAGACGAUCGGCAACGUCACCACACAAAGAGAGAGGCUGUCACUCAGAGCUCAAGGCACUUCAUUUCCCAGGGUCCCCUAAUCGUAGUGGGAUCGGCAGAAAGCACUGGGAGCCCAGGGACCAACCUGAACCUGAACCUGGUUUUCAUCGCUGGAGGUCUCCUUGCAGCCGUGGGCCUUAUCAGUGCCGGGGUCAUCUACAAAGCCAAAAGAUCAAGGGCCAAAUACCAGCCUUUUGAAAGUUGAGACAGCAGCGUGUGCAGAAUACCAACUCUCUGUAAUUAACUACAUUUGACUAUAUAAAGCUAUUUUGAACAGGUUAUAAAUCACUACACGAUUUAGGGCUAAAAUACAUUUCUGAUGCGCUACUACACUAUGACCCCCCCAGA